AUGACUUCAAACACACAAAGGGUAAUUAAACCUCAUUUACCACUCAUUAGAUUCAAAAAGGGAGGGAAUGUGAGGACAACCGGUGCUCAAGUGAAUGAGAGUGUGGUGUCUUCAAGCACUUCUGGUCCACCGAUUGGUGUGACUCCACGCGGAAGUGGUAUUGAAGAGGAACUGAUGCCUAAACGAUAUGAACGCAAACCAAUAACACCUCUCGAGAUGGAGAUAAUUGAAAGAGGAGGACCGGAAAUACUUUGAUGAAUAGCUUUAUUGUAUAAAAAUAUAUAUAAUUAUAUAAUUAGGGCUAAUGUCGAGUUCUCAAUAGUUAUAAAACUUUUUAAAAAUAUAAACUUAUUGUAGAUAUCAUUAAAGUAUAAUUGAAUUGAAAUUUAAUAA